AUGACUGGUGUUAACAAGGUAUUGCACAUUGGCCGAAGGCUUGUUAAUGAGCUUUUGCACAUUGACUUGUACAUCAUUCUGUGCUCAUCGCUCUGUUUUUCAAGGAACCCUUUGGUGUCGUCAGAUUUCUGGCGGAACCUUUACCGGUACCGUUUAUGUCCCUUCAAGGCGAGCAACCAAUUUUUUCGAUCUAAAAAUGCUCGUACAGAAAUUGAUGGGAAGUAUUUGCUAAGACUGCUGCAUAGACUUUCCAAGUGGUUGACGAACAACGGCAGAACGUCUUGGUGGUUGGGUAAUAAUCUCCAUUCAUCGAGAGCCAUCGAGACAAAACAACAAGACAACUACCAAUCGACAGAAUAG